AAUGUCACGGUGCGGAGUUACUUGCAGUCAUUCGCGAUUCAAGUAGUAGGUGCGGUACAUACUAAGCUAAGCCCCACUACUACUCGUUAAAAUGCCCGCAAAGACGGUGAUUUCAUCCUGCACACCAGCCUCGUAGCAUUCACAGCCCUCUUUCUACCCCAGACAUCUCUCUUACUCUGGUCAUCGCUCGCAGAUUACGACCAUCCAGAAACACAAUUUAAAGACGCACUGACAGAUAACCCGGUCGUCACGCUCGCUUGGAUCAUCAUAGGACUGGUAGUUCUUCAAGUAUGGUGGGCGGGCUGGAUCAGGCAUUGGUGUUUCGAGCGAUCAGAUUAAAUUGGAUAGAUAUCAGUUCGAUCGGGGGAAAUUCUCGAAAUUAGGAAGAGCGGCUGUCUUCACUUCAUGUAUAGCCUUGGUGUUUUACCAACUAUAGUAUUGUUUGGUGCACCGUCUGCAAGUCACAUCCCUCAUACAUUCUUGCUGGCAAUCGUUCUAGCACUACUAUCCACAUUCGCACCAGCUUAUGCAAUGGGCCACCCCUCCUUCUCUUCCGACACUUCGUCCUUCAUCACCAGACUUAACUGGACACGUUUAUUCGCCGAGCUUUCGUGGGUUAAUUCGACUUUUUCCCGCUCCAUUAUACAUAGCCUCGUCGUAAAUGAAGCUAGGAAACUUGCUGGCGGUGAUGCGCAUGUGGCCUUCUUUCACUCCAUCCAUAAACGGCCUGAUACAAAGUCUACUAAGCAAUGUAUUGGAAGAGCUUUGCAACUUACUGUAGGUCCGCAUCAAAUUCCUCAAGGCGCCGCAUGGGGCACAGAAGUCUUGCAGUUUGAGGGUGGUUCCAUCCAUAAGGUCCUGUCGUAACUACGCCUACCGUGACAGCGUGAUGACAGCGUUACCGAUCAUGGAAUUUAGUCGUUCGUCGUACAAUCACUGCGGAAACGAGAAUUUAGCUCUACAGGGUUAAGGUAGAAGUAGCGAUGGUAAAUAUACCAUAACCAGAGAAUGCCCAAAAUGACAGGCACACAAGCUCCAACCAUCGAAAGGCGCUCUGAGAACUGCACGAUGACCCAAAGCCGAUUGUACACCAACAGCCUGGUCUAUCGUGCGUCACUUUCACCGAUUGCCCUAGUGUCCAUGGCUGUAGCCUGCCUCAACAAGCUGGCUUUCUAUUCACAUAACAGACAAUGGCACGCUUCACGGUCGUGUGAUCUAAGCCAUUCGCAUCUCAGGUUACCAUCGUUCCCAGUGUAUUUCGUAGCUCAAAGGCUUAUCUCCACGCAUCUGGAAAAUUCGGUCUCGUCUUCU